AAGUGCAACUAAUUUGACCGUUAAAGAGCUUUCACUGUACUUUUAUUUACAUAAGCGUAUGUGUGUGUGUGCGGAUGUGCUUAUUUGCCGUCUAUCUGUUGUUUUGGCGCCAAAUUGACAUAGACCUCGAUAGUGAAAGCUCAAAUCCAAGAGUGAGAGCUUCUGUGUUGGGUGAGAGCGAAACAGCCGCGAGAGAGAGAGUGAGAGUGAGCGCUAGAGCUGUGGUCUUAAAGUAAACCUAAGCUAGGUAACUAAAAAGAAUACUGCCAAAAUGGACUGGGACUGGGCUGUGGGCGGUAUUACGGCGGAGAUACCACGUACAACGGGACCCGAGUGCAUUAACUAUAUGACAGAUCGUCGACGCUGGACCGAAACGGCGCUACUGUCACUUUUAUUUAUAUACAUUAUGAACAGCACAUGGAAGCGUUUGGCGCCUAUAAGAUUGCCUCCACCACAUGAAAUACAAAAAUCACAUUCACCCAUGCGACUCUUUCUUCUGAUCAGUAUGUCCUUAAUCUUUGGCAUUGAGAUGGGCUUUAAAUUAGCUGGACGCUCAAUGAUCUUUGCCCUGAAUCCUUGCCAUGUACAAACGUGUGUGCAGAUUUAUUUACUAGCUGCCAAGCCGACAAAGACAACAACAGCCUUAUUUCGCAUACAAAUGAACAAUUUGAAUGGACCAUUUUUGGCAUUUAUAUUUCCGGAAGUCGAGGGACGAACGUAUCCGUUUGAGCAGGCGACGUAUUGGAUUCAGCAUGCCCUGCUUUACAUUAUUCCCAUUUACAUAUUAAGAAGCGGCGCCUAUACCAUUGAGGAUACAAAGGAUUUCAAGUGGUGCAAAAUAGGCACGGCCUUUAUGCUCUUUUACCAUUUUGUGUUGCUCUCGCCGCUUUCCAUUUUGACUGGCAUUAAUUUGGACCAUAUGUUGUGUGCGGCAAUGGCGGAUCCGUUUCAGGGUCAAAAUUACAGACUAUUUGCCUGUUGUCAUCAGUCCUUACUGUGUCCCAUUCUCAGCAAAGGAACCACCCUACUGUUUGCCUCCCGGAAGAGCUCCGGGUCAAAUGAGAACGGCGUACAUCAUGCUGUGGACUGUGGCGACUAUACGCAAUCGGGGACGGAGCACAUUCUCUAUCAUCAGUUGCCGCAACAGGAAUAUGCCACGCCGGAGUCCAUUACGGCCGAGUACACGAUGCCAACGACAAAGAUUGACUAGUACAGCGCGAAUAUAUGUGACGAGAUUUGACAAUGUCUAUUAUAUAAGUCAAUUUAUAGACUACAACCGUUGUUUUGGUUGAACUUGAUUACAUACUUAGGUAUGAUUUCUUCUAGAGCCUGUAACGUUUUGUAGCUAGACCCAUAGAUCCUACAAAUAUAAAUUAUGAUGUUGGAUGCAGCUGAGUAAAAAUAGUGUACAUAAUAUACAUAAUUAAGGCUAAA